AUGAGAUCGAAUUAAAUAUUAAUUUGGUUACUUAGUUUUGUAGUUCAAGCUUAUUGCCAAUCACCAAAAUGUUAAAAUAAAUAAUGUACUCCUAUUGGAUCUACUGAUUGCAAAGACCCAUCCUAUAAUUAAUGCAUAAAUGAUAGUCUUGAUUGCAAAGAUUAUGAUAUAAAUGAUUCUGUUGGAAGGAGUUUAAAUAACUACAAAUGCGUAUAAAAUAAUGUAACAGUUUCUGACAAUGUAUAGUGUUGGAAUUCUACAUCUUAUUAGAUUUGCAUAUCCAAAAAUUAGAAUGAAUGCGUUAAUUAUCAGAUAGAAACAGAUCCCUCGAGUCCAUAUGUAGGUUUACUAAAUAACACAAACAGAGAUUAAAGUCUGUACAAGUGCUUAUACUCUGUUGAUACAGUAGAUAUAGACCAAGUCAUCUCUGUGAAAAUUCCAUUUUGUGUUGAAAAUAGUACAAGCACUAUUAAGAAUUUGGCAUUAGAUUCAACAAAGUAUGUUGGAAUCGAAAAAACAAAAUAUAAUUGCUUAAUAAUGAACUAAACAACUAUUAAUGGUAUAUCAUAUUGUGCACAGGGGUUUUGUAGCUUUAAUAAUACAUGUACACAACUAUCAAUUAAUUUACCAGCCAAAUUAGUCGAUUAUUAAUGUGCAUAAAUAAAUACUUAUUAGUCUAUAGAAUGUUAUAAAGAUAAUCCUUUUACAAUUUAAUCAAUUUGUUUUGAUCCAGUACAUAAUAUUUGUACUUAAAUUGUAGAUUUUUCUUAUUAUAACCUAGGAAUUCUACCGAAUGGUUUUUGUGUCUAAUAAAAUAAAGUGUAUGAUCAAAUUACUUUAUGCUCAGAUUAAAGUUGCCUUCUCAAGGUUGGAACAGGUUUUUCUUGCAUCCCAUUUGAUAAUGUAUAUGUUGGUGUCGAUGAUAAAGGAUUUUGUUUAAAAAGAGGUGAAAAAACAGCAGUGAGAUGUAGGAAAAUAAAGUUUUGUAUCGAAUAGAUUAAUCUUACUUGCGUUGAUUUAUCUAAUGAUUUAUUAGAUAGAGUAGGAAGAGAAAUAAAAACUACUAAUUGUUUAUCACAGAGUGAUUAUAUUGGACAAAAUAUAGAGAUGUGCGCAGAUGGAUAUUGUUUAUAUUCAUAUUCUUAAACUUAAAACUCAGAUUAUUGUAUACUUUAUGGAGGUAGUUUUUAAUCAUCAACUUCACAAAUAGGUCCUUUUAUAGGUGUAGAGUCUACUACAGAGAGAUGCUUAGUUGAAAGCCAAUAAGUUGAUAGUGUGAUGUUGUGCUAUAGCUUAUAAUAUUGUAUACUACCUAUAAAUGGUAAAUAAGCUUGCUACAAGUUGUUUUAUCCGUUUUCAUAUGAUUAUGUGAGUCCAAUACUAUAUAAUUAUGCUGCUAAAAACUCUAAUGGAUAUUGCCAAUCUAUUAAUUAAGCUAAUUCAUUAAGUUGUGCUGGUCCUUAACUCUGUCUUUAGGGAGAUCAAUGUGUAUCAUUAAAUGAUAGUAGCUAUUAAAGUAGCUCAUACGUAGGAAGAGAUGCAAACAGCUAGAUUUGUAUAGGUAGCAAAAGUUACUUUGCUUCUUACUGCAAAUUAAAUUAUUGUUUGAUUCAGAAUUAGUGUGUUGAGCUAGAUUCUUUUUAUGUUGGCAGAGAAUAUUUUUCUUCAAAUUGCUUAUUGAGUGGCUAAGUAGCUACAUAAUAAAUUAAAUAAUGUUUAGAUGGAUAUUGCAUUAAAUAAGUCAAACCAUAACAAUAUUCUUGUAUACUACUUGAUUAUGAUUAGUCCAAAAAUGCGUUAGGUUACAAUAGUAAUAUGGAAUGUUUGGGAGCUAAUCAGCCUGUUGCUGUUAAAUGCUAUUAAGGUAUGUCAUGUUUAUUAGGAGAUACUUGUUAAUAUGUGGAUCCUAACGUUAAUACUAAAUGCUCAAUUAAUAGUAAUUAAUGCUCUUCAUCAAUAGAUAACUGUGAUUUGUGUAAUUAUUACUACUGCCUCAAACCUGUAAACUUUAAAACAUGUAUGCCUAUGGGAACAAAUUGUUAAGAUACUUAAGGUAGAUGUGCUGAUCCAUUAUCUGGAUAAUGCAAAAUUUGUCCUUUAAAUUCAUGCUUGAAUCCUAAUACUGGAUAAUGUGUUUAGUUUAAAGACAUGCCCGUUAAACAAAAUGAGUGCAUAAAAUAAGUAAGACCUGAUAAACCAUGCAUUUUUGUGGAUAUGAAUGUUUAUAAAGAUGACACUGAUUUAUAUUGUGCAGAUGAAUAAAAUUUAUGCAUAUUGCAAAGUUUUGGGAACCUUUCUUCUAAAUGCUUAAGGUGUCCAAACAAUUUUAUUAAUCUUGGUGAUAAAUUAUGUUUGACCAUGUAGCAAAGAGAUAACAGCUAAAAAUAAAGCAUUGAAACAACUUUCUCUUUAAAUAUAAUAUAUGUUUAAUAGGACAUGUGUUAGGGAUUUAUUUGUAAUUAAUAGCAAAUAACUAAAUGCCCUCUUGGAUGUUACACCUGCAAAGACCUGAAUUAUUGUACCUAGUGUGCAGAAGGAUAUUUUUUAUAUAAAAACUAAUAAGAUUAAAGUGUUUAAUGUGUUUAGUGUGAUUAUCUCUAUAAUACUAUAAAUUAAUAUCCUGAAACUUAUAGAAUACCUUAAGGGACUACAUAAAUCAGCCAAAAAUGUCUUGAUUGCAGUCUUGAGACUGGGGCUUGGAGUGACUACUAAAUAUCUUCCAAGGUUUGCUAGUUAACUAUCUUAAAGUUUACAACAGAUUAAUAAAAAAAUGUAGUUAUGAUAGAAAAUAAACCUCCAUUUGCUUUGAGCUAUACAAUCAAUUUAAGCAGCUCUUAAAAUAGUUUUUAGUAUCCAAAAUAUUAAUUAGUUAGCUCAAAUUUAUGUACACUAGAUAAAUGUACAUUUUGUCAGUUCUAUAUGCAAAAUGGCUAAUAGCAAUAGGUAUGUUUAAAAUGCUAGCUAGGUUAUUACUUAAAUUAAUAAGGUUAAUGCGAGGCUUGUGAAAAUGGAUGCUUAUAGUGUGAAUUAGGUUUUUUAAAUAGUUAAGGAGUCAAAUUUUAUUACUAUGAAAUAAAUAAAGAGCAAAGAUAGAGUCUGAACUCAAUGCAUUUAAUACCUAUGUGCUAGACUUGUAAAUCUGCUUAUAUCGUAUCUUAUAAUUUGACUACAUGUGAUAAUUGUGGAAAAAAUUGCACUUCUUGUUCAUAUGCUAAUCAAAAUAGUUACUUUAAUAUUGGUGAAAUCAAUAAUGUUUAGUUAACCUAAAAUGACUACACAAAUUUAAAAAUUUUUAAGUAAUGCAACAGCUGUUAACUAAGCUCACAAACUUAACAACCUAAUGGAAGUGAUUGUGGUGUAGCAAUAUAAUUUUGUGCUCUCCAUUCUCUUAUGAAUAAAUCCACAGGCUAAGUUAACUUAAUAUAUGAUUUAUCAUAUUACAGUUAAACCGGUUCAACUACUGAUUCAACAAUAAUAUGCCUUGCUUGCUCAUACCAAUAUAUUUUAUCAUCUGAUAAAAAUUAUUGUAGGUAAAAUUUUGAUGUUACGGAUAUCAACUGCUUAUAAUUCUAAAACGAUAAAUUUUCUUGCAAGUUGUGCAAGGAAUUUGCACUUGAUUAUACUAAAAAAAAAUGUGACGUCAAUUACAAAUGCAUUUAAUAAAUAAGUGGAUGUGAUAAGUGCUAUUAUUAAUAUUAUUUAGAUUAAAAUUCAGUAUAAAUAUAGUAUUUUACUUGUCUUUAAUGUUCUUAAGAUAAUUAUAUGGUAACAUUACUUGGAUGUGUACAGUGCUUGUAAGGAUGCUCAAGAUGUUAUGAAAUAGGAUAUGACACUUAAAAACUAAAAUUUAAUCUAACUGCCCAUAUUAUGUAUGAAGAUAUUUCGUUUGAUAUCGACUCAAGAUUAAACUAUAAAAAAUUAUUAAAUGUAUAGACAUUUUGUAGCGCAUGCCUUGAUGGCUAUUAUUUUGAUCCAAUUUAAAAAAUUUGCAUUUAAUAUCCUUGUGGCUAGCUAUGCAACAACUGUAUUUUUAAACUAAAUAAUUUUUUUUGCAUCGAUUGUAAUUAAACGGCUGUGUUAUAAUACAUUUAAUCAAUAUAGCUCUUUAUGGGUAACUUCUUUUUUGGAAAAAAUUUUAUUAGCUAGGAAAUUAAAUUAAGUACUUUUACAGGAGACUAAAAAUCUUGUUAGGCAUGCCCUUUCUUAUGCGAAACUUGUGAUUAAACAGGCAAUUUAUUCAAAAAUGAUUAUUCAAUUUAUUAAACAAAAUGUUUUUCCUGCAAAACAAUUCAAGAACUAUAAGUAGGUAGCUAAGCCUUUUAGAGUUAUUUUCAAGGAUAUGAAAUAAGAUUUGAUAAGAAAAGAUUUUCAUGUACUUUAUGCAAGAUAGGAGAUCAAUCUUGCUAUUUCAAAAAAAUCACUAAAUUGUAUAUUAAUUGUGCAAAAAUAUCAAACAACAUUGGCGAUGGAACUAGAUAUAAUCCUUUUAAUAUCAAUAUGAUUUCAGAUGUAGCUAAUUUUGAUAAUUUAAUUUUAGGAGAAAAUAACCCAAAUUUAGCCUUAGUUGCUUUAAAUGAAAUAUCUUUAAAACAACUUGACUUAUAGCUAAUAUUUUCUUCAGAUCAAUCUUAAUGCUAACUCCUUAAGCCUUUGUAAAUAAAAUCAAAUUUAUUGUAAAAAAUGUAAUCAUUAGAUGUAUUACAUUUAAAUAUUACUUACGAAUAAGUAAAUAACAAAUAAUUUUAAUUCCUUUAAAUUUAUCCUUCAGUAUUUUAAGGUUUUACAAAUGUGUCUGUCUCUAAUAUAAACGUAGACUCUUAUUCUCCUUACUUUGAUUAAUUUAAAAUUGGGUUUUAGAUAUAUUCAACAAAAUUAAAAUAGGUUUAUUUAAGUAACUUAAAAUUCUAAAGAUCUUUAAAUGGCCCAUCAAAUGUUCUUACUAUAAAUAUUAAUAAUUUGAUAAAUAAUUUAAUUUUAGAAAAAGUAACAUUUGAUAAUUUGCAAUAUAAUUACUCUUCAGUUAUUUAGCUUUAUUAUUCUUAAGACAAUAUAAGUCCCGACUUUUAAAUAACAUUAGAUUCUAUCAACAUUUCUAAAGUAAAUAUAUUUUAAUCUUAUUGA